GUCGGGUGCUCGGAGUACUAGGCGGCAUCGACCUCGACAAAAAGGGCGACAUCUUCCAUUGGUGUCUGCCCGACGGAAUUUUUUGACAGUAGUCCUGGUCGUCGCUGGUUUUCAAGAUAAAUUCCAGAGUAAUCUCGGACGCGGAGCGUCACGAGCACACCGGCCGCGUGAAAUAGAUGGCGUGUGCGAGUACCGCGGCUACAGGAACGGUGGGUGGAACAAUUCGCUCCGAGGACUCGGACGCUACCACGUACGAAUAUGACAGAUCAGAACAGGGAGCCGGAGUCGACCACGGGCAUCGCUGCGGAGCAAGCGGGCGCGCGACGGAAAUCCAGGCGUGGAAACACGGGUGGAAAACUCGCGACGCUUCUCCGACGGUGCGAGAGUAAUCGACAUCAGGAGUACAAGAGGGAAGACUUGACGAGCGACACUAGGUCGACGGAGCGUAGAUUCAGAGGCUCGUCCAACAGCAAACUGUCGUUCUUUGAUUUCGUAUGUAAUGUCAAGAAGCACUUGCUACUGAAAAAUCUAUGCAAGUCAAAGAAAAAGAACAAAGAAAUAGAGACAUCGAUCUCUUGCUCUGGUACAAAGCAGAAUAAUGUUAUAUCUGUCAUUAAGACUUUUAAGUCUUGUGAAAAACGAGAAUAUCAUUCAAAUGACGAACCGGCCUCAUCAGACAGGUUUUUGUAUGAAACCAGAUUAGGUGACAUACUUGAAAAUUCAUGCCACAUCGAAGAGAAUGAAACUAAUAGAAUGCAGUAUGGUAUAACUGGCAUAAAUCUUCAUACAGUUCCUAUAAGACAGCAGAAUAAAUUGAUAAGCAACGUUACAACUGUCAACGAAGCAACAGUAAUGCAACCUACCUAUUCUGAUGCAACAGUGGCAGUUCUUAAUGCAAUAGCAGAUGUUCCUGGCAGUGUAAACGAAACGUUAAAUAACGAACAUAAAGUUAAAGCGAGUCUCGCAAAGGAAUUGCUUAAUCUAAGUAAAUAUGGAUGGUAUUGGGGUCCUAUAUCGGGAGAUGAGGCUGAUGCUAAACUCAUAUCUGAGCCAGAUGGUGCAUUUCUAGUUCGAGAUUCAUCAGAUGAUAGGUAUGUCCUAACACUCAGCUUUAAAUCAUCUGGGAAGAUGUUGCAUGCGCGAAUGGAACACAGCGGCGGCUUAUUUUCUCUGUGCAAUCAAAGCACUGAGAACGAAGGCUUCACUUCAGUAGCUGCUUUAAUAAAUCACUCCAUGAACUUCAGCCAGUCCGCUGUAAUUUGUUAUUCAAGGCCAAAAUAUCCAGGAUAUCCUUCAUUUCCGGUCAGAUUAACAAAACCAGUGAGCAGAUUCACGCAAGUAAGGAGUCUGCAAUAUCUCUGUCGUUUUGUCAUCCGCCAAUAUAUUAGAUUAGAUAAUAUACACAAGUUGCCUUUGCCAAAAACUAUCAAGGGAUAUAUUCAAGAAGCGCAUUAUUAAAAUUUAACAGAUAAAGAAAUAAACAAU